AUGACUUGGAUGGGCUGGAUGUUAACCUACGGCCGCAGCACACUGUUGCUGGCUGCGGUGCUGGUGCAGCAAACUACCAGUACGUCGAUCAAAGGACUGGAGGGCCUAGACCAUGGAACAUGUCUACAAGGACUCGAAGCUACCGUUGAGAUUGAAGUGGAUGGACAACGCCACGUGUUUGCGCCAACAUGGCAGAAACCUAUAGCUGAAGCCACCGCGUUCUGUGGUGCCCUGCACGUGUAUCAAUCGAACUGUCCCGCUCUCGUAGCUCAGCAAGCUCAAGCCAAGCUCUCUGACGUUCAUGCACUUGCAUCGUACCUGAAUUGCCGAGGGUUUGACACAUUUGAAGGACAUACGUCGCUCUUCCCUGUGUCGGUUCAAAUUUUGUCCUCUCUCAUCGCCGACUCGGCAAUUCGUCGCGCGCUUCAAAUCGGUUUCAACGCCGGCCACUCGACCAUGACCUUGCUUCGUGCGAAUCCGAAUGUCCACAUCACGAGCUUCGACUUGGCUGAACACCCAUAUGUGUUGAAGCAGCAGCGUUCUUGGACGUAG